AUGUCAGGGACCGAGAGCGUGGCCAUCGUGGUCGCAGAAAGCGUUCACGAGGCGGAGGGAGAUGGAGAGGGAGAGAGAGAGAGAGAAGAGGUGGAAGCCGUGGAGGGAGAGGAGGAAAGACUAUGUUCAGGUUGUCGCACGGUUUAUACCAUUGACCAAUUUCAGGGCACCGACAAGAACGCUGGGAAAACAAUGCUGACGUGUAUGGGCUGCCGAGCGAAAAACGGAAAGCUUGUCGCCGAGAAGAAAUGUACAGAUUGCCGCACAAAUCAGCCACUGGACCAAUUCCAAGGCUCUGGUAAGCGCUUCGAGGGGAAGGAAAUGAAGACAUGUUCAACUUGCCGGUCUAGGAGGGACCAUAGGGAUGCGAGCUUCAUGAGUACCAGGUCGAGUGAGGGAACGAAGAAAAGUCUGAUCCCGGAGGUUGGGUAUGUACGUGAUACUCGGCGUAACAGACUGGGGGAAACCAGGAGAAAGAUGCUAGAUAAGAUAGCUAAGCAGUUGGUUGAUAAUGGAAACACUUUUACGGACAAGCACUGGAAGGACAUUACUGAAAGCCAAAAACUCACAGCAUGGGAAAUUCCACAGGUCAAGAAAUAUAUUGAGAACGCUAUGGAGAAUAUCGAAAAGGCUCGGAAAAAAGACAAAGUUGCCGCCGCUCCUCCCGGCCGAAAAACAGCAAACUCAAACUCAAGCUCAUCCUCAUCAUCAGCUGCCGAGCACACACCAAAAUCGUCGCCACAACCAACCACUUCAAAAGAACCCACCACCACACGGAUGAAGCCAGUGACCCGCGGGCAAACCGAGCAGGUCGCUCCCCGUCGCAGACUAACAAACAAUUCUAACCAAACUUCAGUCGCCUCAAUUGCGGCAGAGUUCAGGGAGACCACAUCACAUCAGGCCACCAGUGCCAGUGCUAAAGGAUCUACCAGUUCUGCGCCAAUAGCAAAAAAUUUAGUCCGUAAGAAUGCUGGCGUCUCUACACCAACAUUCAUAAAAAUCGACGAUGAUACCGCCAGUGAAGCUGAGGCAUCAGAUCGGGACGUCCGAGAAGUCCAGAGCAAGGCCAAAUCGCCACCCCAGACCCGUACUCAGAGCAAACACACCACUCCAGCUUCUGUCACUCGCUCCUCAACUUCCAAAAAGCGAUCCACCCCACCACCUUCCUCUAGUAGUAUAGACACGGAGGAUAUCUACCAGCCCAAACGGCCCCGCACCCAACAAUCAGAGAGGGAAAGGGAAAGGGAAAGGGAAGAGGAGGGGGAAGAAGAGUCCAAUCCCAGAGCUGAUCUGGAAGCAUUUGCGAACUCACUGGAACGACUGAGCAGGCUGCUGUUUGCAGCGAGGGACAAUUUAAGCAGGAAACAGGUUGGGGUUCUAGAGAACGACAUACACCAUGACUGGAAGGUGGACGAAAUGUCGACAUUUGUGGAAGGUUUUUUGAGAGGGGCCGAUGCCCUAGAUGGACGACUGAAAGACUGA